AUGUCGCCCUCGGUGCAGAACAGUCACUUCAAACUGCUCCAGCAGUUCAAGCCUGAUUACUCGCCGAGCGAGUUCACUCAGUAUGAAUCACAGCGCACUGGCAUGAGAGUGGUCGUUAUCGACCAGCCGGGACCCAAGGUUAACGGUUACUUCGUGCUUGCCACCGAAAUCCACGAUGAUUCCGGCGCCCCUCAUACCCUGGAGCACUUGUGCUUCAUGGGUUCUCGCAAUUAUCGCUACAAGGGCUUUUUGGAUAAGCUGGCUACUCGCGUGUAUUCCAGCACCAAUGCUUGGACUGCAACUGAUCACACCGCCUACACGCUAGAUACCGCAGGCUGGGAAGGCUUUGCUCGUAUCCUGCCAGUCUAUCUGGAGCAUGUGAUUGCUCCCACUCUGACUGAUGAAGGCUGCUACACGGAGGUUCACCACGUCGACGGCUCUGGAAAUGAUGCCGGUGUCGUGUAUUCCGAGAUGCAGGGUGUACAGAACAAUUCUGCUGAGCUGAUCGAUCUGGCAGCCCGGCGAUUGACCUACCCGCCUGGUGUGGGCUUCCGCUAUGAGACAGGAGGUAUGAUGGAACAGCUUCGUGUUUUGCCUGCGGAGCGGAUUCGCGAGUUCCACCGUGAGAUGUAUCAGCCCAAGAACUUGUGUUUGAUCAUCACCGGAGAAGUCGACCAGAACAACAUGCUGGAUAUCCUGGACAAGUUUGAAGACACUAUCUUGGAUGUUAUUCCUAGCCCGGAUGCGCCAUUCAAGAGGCCUUGGGUGGAUUCCAAACAGGCACCUUAUUUGGAGAAGUCCGCGAUUCAGAAGGUUGAGUUCCCUGAGGAAGAUGAAUCAUUUGGCGAAGUUGAAAUUCGAUUCAUGGGACCCGACUGCACCGAUCCUGUCCAAUCUGGUGCUCUGAAUGUGUCACUGCUGUACCUGGCUGGUUCUUCCGCAGCUCUGCUAGAGAACAUCAUUGUUGAGAAAGAACAGCUUGCCAGUGCCGUCUACUAUGCAACCGAGGAUCGCCCUAGCAUGGAGGUUCGUUUCACUUUGACCAGUGUCGAGACUGAGAAGUUGGAGGAGGUCGAGAAGAGAUUCUUUGAAAUCCUCAAAGAUGCGAUGUCCAAGGAACUGGAUUUGAAGUACUUGAAGGAGUGCAUUGCCCGACAGCGCCGAACCUGGAAGUUCUCAACUGAGACCUCCGCCUCCUCGUUCGCAGAAUACGUCAUCUCUGAUUUCCUAUUCGGAAAGCGCGACGGGUCGACCCUGAUGGAUGUUGCAACUCUGAAGGAAUAUGAUGUCCUUGAGACCUGGUCUGAGGAUCAGUGGCGCGAUUUCAUGAAAAAGUGGAUUUCCGAUGCAGCCCAUGUCACUAUCUUGGGUGUCCCAUCUCAGAAGAUGUCUGAGACACUGAAGAAGGACGAGGAGGAUCGGGCCGCUGCACAGAAGGAGCGUCUCGGUGAAAAGGGCUUGAAGGAGCUUGCCGACAAGCUCGAGAAGGCGAAGGCAGCGAAUGACAAGGAGAUCCCGCAAGAAUUGCUUGAAGAGUUCGCUAUUCCCGGAACUGAGUCGAUUCACUUCAUGGAAACCACCACGGCUCGCUCGGGUGCUGCCCUGAAGGCUGGACGCCCUGACAACAAGAUUCAAACCGUUGUCGAAGCCGAUAAGUCUGAUCAGUCUCUCUUCAUCCACUUCGAGCAUAUCCCCAGCAGCUUUGUCCAGCUGUCAGUCCUCAUCUCAGCUGAUUCUGUCCCUGUUCAGUUGCGUCCAUUGUUGUCGAUCUACACCGAAGCGUUCUUCAACAUUCCGGUGCAGCGCGAUGGCAAGACAAUCGAAUUUGAGCAGGUUGUGGUGGAAUUGGAGAGAGAUACUGUCGGAUACUCGAUGGAGACUGCUCGCGGUCUUGGAAACUCAGAAAUGCUCCGUGUCUCAUUCCAGGUCGAGCUAGAGAAGUAUGAGAAUGCCAUCGCCUGGCUGCAGGAGCUGUGCUGGCAGUCUGUCUUCGAUGUGGAGAGACUCCGAGCCAUCAACUCCCGUCUUUUGGCUGAUGUGCCCGACUCCAAGCGCAGCGGUGACGACAUGCUUGCUGCCGUGCAUGUGAUGGUUCACUACGCAGAGGAGUCAAUCGUGCGCGCUCGUUCCACUUUGGUCAAGGCUCGCUAUCUCAAGCGCGUCAAGCGUCUGCUCGCUGACAGCCCCGAGGAAAUUGUGAGCCGCAUGGAGGAGAUCCGGACUUCGCUCUUCAAACCCGACAACGUGCGUGUGAUUGUCAUUGCCGAUCUCGAAAAGCUCCAGAACCCCGUCUCGGCCUGGAAGCCCUUCGCUGAGACCCUGGGCACCAGCACUGAUCUGCGACCUAUUACCAACCGCCGAGCCCGUCUGAGUGAUGCCGGUAAGACUGUUGGUGGCAAGUCCUACAUUGUCCCCAUGCCCACUAUCGACUCGUCCUUCGCCUAUGCCACCGGCCGUGGUUUGGACUCGUACGAUGCUCCUGAGCUGCCCGCUUUGCUCGUCGCGAUCUCCUACAUGAACGCCGUCGAGGGUCCCCUCUGGGUUGCAGUCCGUGGCACUGGACUGGCGUACGGUACCAACUUCAGCUACAACAUCGACACUGGCUUUGUCAACUUCGAUGUGUACCGGUCUCCCAACGCUCACAAGGCGUUCGAGUCUAGCAAGCAGAUUGUUGAGAACUACCUGAGCGGUGCUACGCCUUUCGAUCCUCUCAUGUUGGAGGGUGCCAUCAGCAGCAUUGUGGUCAACUUCGCCAACGAACAGAUGACCGCUGUCAGUGCUGCUCAGGGCAGCUUCAUCCGCCAGGUCGUGCGCAACUUGCCCAGCGACUAUAAGGAGAAGAUGCUCAAGAAUGUGCGCGCUAUCACCACUGAUCAGAUCAAGGGUGCUCUACGUGACAUUAUCUUGCCUAUGUUCGACCCGAAGAAGGCGAACCUGGUUGUCACCUGCGCGACUGUCUUGGAAGAGACUAUCAAGCAGGGCUUCGAGGCUUCCGGCUUCACUCCCGUUGUUCAGCCUCUUAAGGAAUUUGAGGAUGACUAUGGUCUAAAGGGUAACGACGAGAAUGAGGAUGAUGACGAAGACGAAGACGACGAAGAUGACGAGGAUGAUGAAUCCGGAUCGGAAGAUAGCGAAGACGAGAGUGAUGAUGAGUGA